AUGUCUUUGGGGUUGGCAGUUUUGGUUUUGGUUUUGGUUUUGGGGUUUUAUUCUUCUUCUGUUGUGGGGUUUAAUUGGUCACAAUGGGAAGUGGGUCCUCUUAAGUUUUGUUUGUUUUUGAUGUUAAUGAUAAUUAUACUAGCAAAUAAUAAAGGGUUUCCACUUCUAUCUGAAUCUUGGGAUCUGGGUUUCAUCAAAAUGGUUUUCUUUCUUUCUGACUGUCUGUUAUCUGAGGAUAAGGAUUGUGAAUUGGGUUCUAUGGAAGUUAAGGUGGUUGAUGGUGUGAUUGGGAUUAAAGAUUACGUUAGGAUGGAUGAAUCACUGGGCAGUUCGAAUUCGCUACCGCCUUUUCUUGCAAAGACAUAUGAGAUGGUGGAUGAUCCUUCGACGGAUUCAGUUGUUUCAUGGAGUCAGAGCAAUAAGAGUUUCAUUGUAUGGAAUCCACCGGAGUUUGCCAGGGAUUUGCUGCCCAGAUUUUUUAAGCAUAAUAAUUUCUCCAGCUUUAUCAGACAGCUCAAUACUUAUGGUUUUAGGAAAAUUGAUCCGGAGCAAUGGGAAUUUGCUAAUGAGGAUUUUAUAAGAGGUCAACCACAUUUAAUGAAGAACAUCCAUAGACGGAAGCCAGUUCAUAGCCAUUCGAUGCAGAAUCUUCAAGGACAAGGGUCUAAUCUGCUAACGAAUUCGGACAGACAGAGUAUGAAGGACGAUAUAGAGAGGCUUAAAUGUGAUAAAGAAGCCCUUAUUUUGGAGUUACAGAAGCAAGAACAAGAGCGGAAAGGAUUCGAGAUGCAAAUCGAGGGUUUGAAGGAGAAGUUGCAACAAAUGGAACGGAGACAGCAAACUGUGGUGUCUUUUGUGGCCCGAGUGUUGCCAAAACCAGGGCUUGCCUUAAAUCUAAUGCCACAAUUGGAAGGUCAUGAUAGAAAGAGAAGGCUGCCUAGAAUUGGUUAUCUAUACGGUGAAGCCAGUAAUGAGGAUAACCAGAUAGUGACUUCCCAAGCUCUGUCUAAAGAAAAUGCAGAUGGUAAUUCUGUUUCCCUGUUAAACAUGGAGCAGUUUGAGCAGUUGGAAUCAUCCCUGACGUUUUGGGAGAAUAUGGUACAUGAUGUUGGUCAAACCUACAAUAAUAACACUUCAAUGAUAGAUAUGGAUGAGUCUACAAGUGGUGCACAAAGUCCAGCUAUAUCUUGUGUGCAACUGAAUGUUGAUUUUCGUCCUAAAUCACCUGGUAUUGACAUGAAUUCUGAGCCUUCUGUAGCUGUUGUGCCAGAUCCUGUCACACCGAAGGAACAACCAACUGGGACUGCUCCCUCUGUGGCAACUGGAGUCAACGAUGUAUUCUGGGAACAGUUUUUGACUGAAAAUCCUGGUUCAACUGACACACAGGAAGUUCAAUCUGAAAGAAAGGAUUCUGAUGGUAGAAUAAAUGAAAUUAAACCUGCUGAUCCCGGAAAAUUUUGGUGGAAUAUAAGGAAUGUAAAUAAUCUUACAGAGCAGAUGGGGCAUCUUACUCCUGCUGAAAGAACUUGA